AUGAUUAAUUCUUCUUCAGAUAAAUAAUGCAAAAGAUAUUAACCAAUAUAGUCUCGCUACAUAGAAUAGCCGUAACCUGAUGAAAUUGUCUCUUCUAAUACUGAUCUAGAUUAAAAUGAUUAGUAGAUUAGACUGAGACAUCAAAGGACUUCUCGAAAGAAAGGGUCUAUUAAAAUUCGUAACUUGGAUAUUGAUAGUGAUAUAAUAAAAGAAGACAUUAGUUAAGAAAAUAAGAGUGAUUAAGAAUCAGAUGGAGGCUACAUAUAAAAUCGCAAUAUUCAACUUGCAUUCACUCCAAAUAAUGAGGAGGAAGUUGAAAGUCCUUUCAAAGGAAGAGGUCAUCAAAAUUCUGAUAGAUUAUAUAGAAUUAACGAUAUUAGAACUUAAAAUUUCAAUCCUCAAUAAUAUAGUACCUCUAAAUUGCCUAAAGAUCAUGAUUCUUCAAAAGCUGAAAUUACUAUAAAGUCUUAUAAAAAUCUGAAUAGUGCUAAUAGUUUAUAUUCCCCCACAAAAGGUUCACAGAAUCUUAUUUAAUCAGAAAAUAAUAUAUAUGAGAAUUAUAAUGUAUUUUAGAGACUAAUCCUUUAUCAUGUGUUCAGCUUUAUGAGAGAGAUGAAAACUUUACUGAAAACUUCUGUCUAAAAAAUUAAUAUCAACCAUCUUCCAAAAUAAGCAGUAAGUGACUCUAUUUAAUUCAAUUUAAAAAUCCUAUAUCAGCAAAUCAAAAAUAAUGUAUAUUUUCAGAAUUUAAUUAAAAAUAGGAAUAUUAAAAUUUUAAUGCAUCAACUCUUUUCAAAAUCUUUUUUUGGAAAAUUAACAAAUUAAUGACACUUCUAAUUGUAUUUCUAGCAAUGCUUGAAACAUACUCUAGAUUUAUAAUGGCCAUUUUAACAGAGACAUUGAUUUCUGCAGUUGAAAAUCAAAAUAUAGGUGAUGCUUAUAUCUAAGCAUUUGCCCUUGCUGUAUUAUCAUUAAUAGCACUUAUGAGUAAACAUUUUUAAUAGUAUUUAUAUUUAAUCAAUUUUAGAUAUAUAAUCAGUAAUGCAGCAACUAAAAUGAGAAUGAUCUUAAUUAAUUUAAUUUAUGAUAGAAUUAUAGAAUUACAUUCAUCAUAAAUUGCUCAUUUAAAUAUAGGCAAAAUUAUGAAUCUUGUCAGUAGUGAUUUGAAUGUAAUCGAAUAUUAACUUGCUUAUAUAUAUUAAGUAACAGUGAUACCAGGUUCAUUGCUUUUAACAUCUAUUAUAUUAUGGGUAAAAUUGCUUUUAAGUUUAGUUAAGAUUUGAUGGUCCUAUUGGAUUAAUUGCGAUUCUUUUUUGUGGCAUCCUUUAUCCUUUAUAAAUUAUUAUUCAAAAAGUAAACAAGACUAUUUUAUUGAAAACAAGAAAAUUGUAAGAUUAAAGAAUUUAGGUAUUUUUAAUUUUCUAUCAAAGCAAACUAAUACAGUUAUUGAAGGGAUCAAAUAUAUCAAAAUGUAUGUUUGGGAAAGUAUUUUUGAAAAAAAGAUUAUGUCUUUAAGAGAAAAAGAAUUUUUAUACUAUUUAAAUAUUCAUGUAUUGAAUUUGAUAGAUAGAUCAUUCAAUUUUAGUGUGCAUAUUUGGGGAUCUUUCUGUUUCAUAUUAUUUUUAUAUUUUAAUAACAUACCUCUAAGCAUUUCAUCAAUAAUGGGAACGAUUUAAUUAAUGUCAAUGAUAAAAUACUAUUGUAUAUUUUAGGUGUCAUAUGCUUUUCAAGCCUUAAUGAAUUUUAGUGUAAUAUUUUAAAGGGUCUCUGAUAUUCUCAAAUAUCAAAGUAAUAACUUAACAACAAUUGAUUGUUAUAAUAAAACAACAUUUACAGGUUAUGAUCUUUAACAUUAGCCUAUAUAGCAAUUAAUAUAAGAGAGAGGAAGAGGUUUAAAUCGAAAAGGAAGUAUUAAUCUGUAAUCUACAACUCUAUUGACAAUAUAUUAAUACUUUGGAAGAUGGUAGAAGGAUGGAAUUCCAGCAAUUAAUGGAAUCAACUUGGAUAUUAAAUCUGGAGAGAUAGUGGCUGUAAUAGGGAAAGUUGGUUCUGGAAAAUCAACUCUACUUUCAGCCAUAUUGUAAGAUGUUCCAUUUUAUGAAGGAAUGAUAAAUCAAUAGAGAAAACUUAAAUUAGCAUAUGUAGAAUAAGACCCGUUUAUUUAUGCAGGAUCUAUACGCGAAAAUAUAUUGUUUGGUAAAGAAUAUGAUUACACUCUUUACUUAAAGGUUUUAGAAGUAAGUUGCUUAGAUUAAGAUAUUCUCUCUUUUAAAUAAGGAGAUAAAACUGAAAUAGGAGAAAAAGGAACUAAUCUAUCUGGUGGUUAAAAAGCUAGAUUAAGUUUGGCUAGAGCUUUAUAUUAAAUGGCAGAUUUAUAUUUAUUUGAUGAUCCUUUAUCUGCAGUGGAUUCUAAAGUGGCUAAUAAAAUAUUUGAUAAUGCAAUUAAAGAUUUCAUUUUUAAAUUUCAGCCUAAUUAUAGACCAUCAUUAAUUCGAUCUCAUUAAGCCUUUCUCUCUUAACUUCCAUCAGUUAUUUUAGUUACUCAUUAGAUUUCAUUUGCAUUAGAAUGUGAUUAUGUAAUCAUUUUAGAUGGAGGUAAAAUCAUACAUUAAGGACCAAAAAAUAAAAUUAAAAAGCAUAUUCUAGAAACAUCUAAUAUUGAAUCCAACAACACAAACAUUGAAAAGCCUAAUUUGAUAAGAUCUCUUAAAAUUAGAAGACCAAGUAAAUUAAUAAGUAGAGUAGUUACUUAGAUAACAAAAAUAAAUAAAGAAGAACAUACUCCUUAACUUUAUGUAGCAGAAGAUCAAAUUUAAUAAGAUGCAUCUUUAUCUACAUAUAAAAGAUAUUUUAGUUAUUGGAAACCAUUUCUUUUAAUUUUUCUUAUUCUAUGCUAAAAUAUAGCAAGUGAAAUUAUUAAUAAUUAUUAUUACAAGGAAAUGGCUUAAUUCAAAUAAGAUGAUACUUAAAAUAAUGAAAUUGUCUUUAAAAAUGCAAGUAUUCUUGUUAUAGGAUCAUAUAUUAAUAAUGUUAUCAAAUAUUUUUUAAAUAUUUUUGGUGUUCUUACUUCCAAUAAUAUAAUUCAUAAUAAAAUGUUAAAAACAUUAAUAAGAUCUCCAAUUGAAUAUUUUGAUACAAACCCUUCUGGUAGAUUAAUUAAUAGAUUUUCAACGGAUUUAUCUUUGGCUGACACUUAAAUUUAAUAAACUAUAACAGACAUUUUUGAACAAGGUUCUUAAUUCAUUGUCUCUUUAGUUACUAUUGCAAUAUUGUAACCUUAUUUUACAUUCCCUGCUCUUUUUACAGUUGCAAGUACCGUAUUCAUAUUUAGAAUCACUAGAAUAGUAAUAUCAUAACUUAAGAUUUGUGAUUUAAUAUCAAGAUCUCCUUUAUUUGAUUAAUUUAAAAUAUCUAUUUAUGGUGUUACACAAAUUAGAAUUAAUGAAAACUAUUCUUGGAUUAAAGACAAAUUUCUCAAAUUGUCAAACUAAUCUAUGUAAGCAAACUUAUUAUUUUUAUAUUCUCAAAAAUGUUUUGGCUUUUAUAUUGACUUAUUUGGUUAAUUUGCUAAUAUAACAGGAAUAUUUUUGAUUAUUUUCAUGAUUGAUGAUCCUAAAAUUUUUUCUCAGGCAUUAUUACUAUUAUCUACUUUCAAUACUUAAGCAGGUACACUUCGAUAAUUCAUGGCUUUUGAUUCUAUGAUGAAUAGUAUAAAUCGAAUGUUUGAAAUUUGUGAUAUCGAAAUAGAAGAUUAAAGUAAGUAAUUAUGCGAUUUGGAAGUCUAAAUUUGGCCCAGAUUAGGAACGAUUCAAUUUUCUAAUGUAGAAAUGCAAUACAGAAAAAAUACUCCUUUUGUCUUAAAAGGAAUGAGUUUUAAUAUUAAAGAUAAAGAGAAAAUAGGUAUAGUUGGGCGAACUGGAUCUGGUAAGUCUUCUAUCAUUUACAGUCUCUUUAGAAUGACAGAAAUUGAAGAAGAAGGGUAUUUUAUUUUAAAUAUUAUAUAGAACAAUCUCUAUUGAUGAUUAAGAUAUCAAAAAGAUAGCCCUUAAUAAAUUAAGACAAGAAAUAAGUAUCAUUCCUUAAGUUCCAUUCCUUUUCAAAGGAACUUUGAGAGAAAACCUAGAUCCUCUUAGAAAAUUUGAUGAUAAUAAAAUUAUAACUGCACUUAUAGAAACAGGAUUAGAUGGCUUUUUAUAAUUAUUGCCUGAAGAAUUGAAUCAUGAAAUUGAUCCAGAUUUAUUUUCAAUUGGAUAAAAAUAAUUAAUUUGCUUGAGUCGAGUUUUACUCAAUAAAAAAAAGAUUCUUGUUUUAGAUGAAGCUACUGCAAAUGUAGACAUGAUUACAGAUUGUUUAAUUUAAUAAAUAAUUAAAGAGAAAUUUAAUGAUUGCACUAUUCUUACGAUUGCUCAUAGAUUAAAUACAAUUGCAGAUUAUGAUCGAAUAUUUGUCUUAGAUGAUGGAAAGGUUUUAGAAUAAGGACAUCCUUAUGAACUCUUAGUAUAAAAUCCAAAGAUUUCAACUUAUAUUAAUAGUGAUUCAGUAUUUGCCAAAAUGGUACUUUAAACUGGAUCGAAGAACAGCAGUUAGAUUUAUGGAAUAGCAAGAAAAUGUUAUCAAAAAUAUCAUGAUAUUGGAAGUCGAAGUAAUUGUAAUAGUAAAAUUUUUGAUGUAUCUCCAAGUAGUAUAAAUGAGUUUAACUUUUGA